AUGAGCAUAUCCACCCUGGCCUCGCUGGGCAUGGCGCUCGGCGCGCCGCUCGUCUAUGCCGAUCAAGCGCACUCCAUCUACCGCAAGCAGGACGCACGUGGCUUCUCGCACGACGUCUGUGCCGUUCUGCUCAUCGCCAACAUCACGCGCUGCUUCUUCUGGCUCGGCGAACGAUUCGAAUACGCCCUCCUGCUACAGAGCAUCUUGAUGAUCGCGGCGCAACUGGGGCUGUUGUACCUGUGUAUACGGUUUCGACCCGUGGGCAGGUGGAGUAAGAGCAUCAGCAGUGAUGGUGCGCGCGUUGUGUUUGAUAACCAAGAAGAGAGGGUCGAAGGAGAGGGGAGUAGGAGUGCGCAGGAGGAUCUGAUGGAUCUCAACGAGCCGGUGAAGCAGCAGGAGGAAGAAGAGGGGUAUGCGAACAAGCAACCGCUGCUCGUCACGCUGGGUGGCAUGUUGAGAGGCGGAAACUCUUCGUACGGUCAAAUCUCAAACGACACGACGCUUCCACCGCCUAAUACCGCCCCAACCAACUCUUCGAUUCGGACUCGUCUAGUCUCGAUGCUCAGCAGCCCCUCCCGACCACUCAACUUCUGGCAGUGGUCCGACUACAACUCCUACCUCGUCUUUCUCCUCCUCCUCAUCCUACUCCUCACCCUUCUCUACCUCCUCCUCUCCUGGUCGUCCACCUUCAUCUCCAUCCUAGGCUACCUCGCUCUCGGCCUCGAGUCGACCCUCCCCAUCCCACAGCUCAUUUCGAACUACCGCCGCAAGUCUCUCGCCGGCUUCCGCUCAAGUGUUCUCGUCGGCUGGUUGGGGGGUGAUAGCUUCAAGCUGCUCUACUUUGUGCUACGGGGAAGUCCGGUGCAGUUUACCGUGUGCGCGGUGUUCCAGCUGAGUGUGGAUCUUGCCAUUGUGGCGCAACGGGCGAUGUAUAGGGAGCAGACGGAGAGGGAGGAGGCCGAGAUGCGGGGUGAGCAGGAGGAGCAGACUGUAGGAAGGAGAAGGGAGGGGGAGGUAGAGGUGGAUGCCGAACAGCCAAGCAGAGGAGCGAGUGCGACCAAGGGGAAGGGGAAGGGCGGCAGGGCGCAAGAGGAGGAGGAUGGAUUGUUGCAAGGCCCAACGCACGUGAUCAGCAUCGAGGCGGAUGACGACGAUGAUGAAGGAGACAUCUCGAACGGUCGCAAGUGA